AUGUCCAAGCUCUUCUGGUGGCCGUUCAUCAUCGCCUGUGCCUCUUCGGUCGUGUCGGGGCAGAUCGCCUCCGACGCACCUCUCCAGCAGUGCUCAUACUGUUGCGGUAUUUGUUUAGGUACCUGCGUUGCCAUGGCAGUCCACGGCGUAUGGAGAGGCGGCCCCAUGUGCGCCCAUUCUUUGCCUGAAGUCCUUACCCCCAUUUUACCUUCUACGUAUUUCUUCGGUUAUGUUUAA